AUGGGCUUCACUGUCUCCGAAGGCGAAAUGCUCUCAGUCAUCGUCGAGGGCAUAUUAUACGGUUUCUCGUUAUUCAUGUUUGGCACCACUCUGUGGGUUAUCAUCUACCGGAGGAGCUCCCAGAAAGUUCACAAGGUUAUCUUUGCGGUCGCCUGUCUACUUUUCAUCCUGAGCACCAUCCGCAUCGGCGUCGACUCCAACCAUGUCUAUACCGGAUUCUUGCGUUCUCCAGACCCUGAGCUCUACUUUAGCGAUACCACCAAGGAGACGUUCAAGAACGCUAUUUAUGAGCUUCAAACCCUUUUGGGAGAUGGUAUCUUGAUCUACCGAUGCUUCAUCGUAUGGGGUGACUGGCGCGUCAUCAUCUUGCCUUGCAUUCUAUGGUGUGCUGUCGCAGCGACAGGAACGCAUACCGUCUGGUCCAUCUCCCUCCCACUCACGACAUCUGCGAAUAUAUUCGUCGAGAAUGCCCAUUGGGUACUGUCCUUCUAUAUUCUAACGCUCACUACGAAUGCUAUCGCGACAGGCCUGUUUGCCUACAAACUGUGGCAGGUCAACUCGGUGGUCGCGCAAUACCGCACCUCGAGUUUGAUACCCGUGAUCAAACUCCUCGUCGAGUGUGGUCUCCUGUACACCAUCUGUCUUAUCGUCAUGAUCAUCACCUACACUCGCGGCUCUAACAGUCUGUUCUUCAUCAUUAACAUCACAGGGCAAAUCAUCCCGAUCACAUUCUACAUGAUCAUCAUCCGCGCGGGACUCUCCCGGAUGACCACCUCAUCGAACUCUACCGCGAACCAUGCUUCGCUGCCAUCAACUGCUGGCAGCCGCCGGAACCGGAGGCAGGAGGUGAUGGUCAGCAUUGAGAACUUCACGGCAUCGGAUGCAGAUUCGCAGAUUGCCUUGCAGAAGGUUGACCUCGGAAAGGACGACAGGCUCAAGAGCCCGGCCACCUGUACAAUUUGA